ACAUAUUCUGAUCAAACGCCACAACAUUGACGCGAUGCACGACAGCCGCAACUGUGGUCCUGUUGAAGUCCGUCCAACCAGGACGUCAACCAGUCCGGAUUAUCGUCAAUCCCAGAAGUAAAGACUCUGGUGAGAUUAAAACAUGUUUUCACAUCGAUGGAGUUUCUAUAAAUAGCCAGGCGUCGCAGAAUGAUGAGGAUUCAGCAGCGCAUCAGUAAUCCAUCUGAAGCAGCCACUAGAUUACGAUAAAAUCACAUCUGAUCUACUUGACACAUCGGUUUCAAGUUACUUAGCAGUAAGAAAGGGUUUGACUACGUUUGCCUGAAGCUGACACGAGUAUCUCCGCCCACUGCUCAGUGAGAUGCGAGUAUAGAUCUGCUGCUACCAAAAGAGCAUUUUGUUCUGACAAACCAAGCCCUUUCAUGACAGGAUGUUUGGCUUUGUCACACGCCGGGAACGACAAAAUGCAGACAAUUUCAAAACAGCGACACUGUGAUAAAUAAAUCAUUAUUGUGACUUCACCGGGAGCGAUUCUCCAACUCAUCCAAAAUGGGAUUUCUUCACCAGCUACACCUUCUCCUGUGGAAAAACGUGACUUUAAAGCGAAGAGGACCGUGGGUGCUUGCGUUCGAGAUCUUCAUCCCCCUGGUGCUCUUCUUCAUUCUUCUGGGCUUGCGGCAGAAGAAGCCGGCCAUACCUGUGAAAGAAGCCUUCUACAGCGCAGCUCCUCUCACCUCGGCGGGCAUCAUUCCCAUCAUGCAGUCGCUGUGUCCGGAUGGUCAGAGGGACGAGUUUGGCUUCCUCCAAUAUAAAAACUCCACUGUGACUCAGUUGUUGGAGAGGAUCAGUGAGGUUGUGGAGCAAAAUCACUUGUUUACAUCAGACAGGCCGAGUCUGGGAGAAGAACUGGAGUCACUGCAACAGCACCUGGAGAGUCUGAGCUCGGCACACGGACCUUUAGAGAGUCGCUACAACACCAGCCGUGGUUUCACUGUCGGAAGCGUCCUCAGGAACCAGUCGUCAUUCCGGCAGUUUCUCAUCCGAAACCUUUCACUGCCCAACGACACUGCCAGCCUGCUGCUUUCCUCCCCUAUCAAUCUAAAAGAGGUGUAUAAUCUUAUCUUUGUAAUGGAUCCUAAAGUUGGAACAAAGGAAGGAGGUAAAGAUGAAGGACAGCACAGUCCUGCAGAGAAAUUUGUACAGUUCAAGAAACAAAUUCUUGGCGGCUUGCACAGUGUGGAUGGUGGUCUGAAUCAGAAAGCAUUGAGAGACCCCACUAAUACAGCUUACCGCCAGGCUCUCCUCAAAGUCCUGUCCCAGGCACUGGGAAUCGCAGGGGGUGGAAUGGGUCAAAAAUUUGAUCCUCAAGCCCUGCGUGAGAUAGAGGGAUUUGUGCUGAGCGGUGCAGUGCUUGAAAAGCUCACUUGUGGAGAAGGAGGAAACAGCGAAUUAAGCAAAAUCUUAUUGGUCCCUGAUAAACAACAGGCAGUUUUGCAGGCCUACCUUAUGACCCUUUGUGGUGUUGGGGCGGAGCAGAGAGCGGAGCGGUUUAGGGAGAUGAGCGAAGAGCUGAGAGAGCAGAUUGAUACACAGAGAGUCUUUGAACAGUUGCGUCUUGAGCAGUCUAACAUCUCUGGUGUGUUGGAUCAGUCCCAUCUCGGAGCUCUGCUGAAGAACCUGGCUGAUGUGGAAAGGCUGCUGCGGGAUGUGGAUCUGUUGUCAGGCCUGGCCAAACUUCUCCCUAAAGGGGCUUGUGCAGGUCACCAGCCCAUUCCUGUAGCCAACACCACCUUCUGGAGCUCCAAUACAACAACAUGGGGUCCCAACACAACAGAAAGCCCAGGGGAGGAAAAAGAGGGAACUGCAGAAAAUGGGGCUGAAGCUGAAAAUCCCAAAUCGCAAUUUUCUGCCUUUGUUCAGCUGUGGGCAGGUCUUCAACCCAUUCUGUGUGGAAAUAACAGGAUCAUUGAGCCUGAAGCUCUUAAACAGGGAAAUAUGAGUUCCCUGGGCUUUACCAGCAAAGAACAACGAAACCUGGGUUUAUUGGUCCAUCUCAUGACAACAAAUCCCAAAAUCUUGUACUCUCCAAUUGGUUCAGAGGUGGAUAAGGUCAUACAAAAGGCCAAUGAAACAUUUGCGUUUGUGGGGAAUGUGACUCACUACGCCCGAGUGUGGCUCAACAUUUCGGCUGAACUCAGAGCCUUCUUAGAGGAGGGCAAACUGCAGAAUCACCUGGUGUGGCUCCAACAGUUUAUUGCUGACCUGAAGCAGCACCAUGAACUUUUAAACGGCUCAGACAGUGAGCUGUUGAACAGUCUGAUGGAGGACAACUUCACCCUGCCAAACACAACCACACUACUAGAGCAGCUCCACACCAUUGAUAACGCAGCCUGUGGCUGGACACACUUCAUGUCAAAGGUCAGUGUGGAUAUUUUCAGAGGCUUUCCUGAUGAAGAGAGCAUCGUCAACUACACACUGAACCAGGCCUACCACGACAACGUUUCAGUCUUUGCAAGUGUGAUUUUCCAGACCAAUAAAGAUGGCACUCUGCCGCCUCACGUUUUGUAUAAGAUUCGACAAAACUCAAGUUUCACAGAGAAAACCAAUGAAAUCCGCCGGGCUUAUUGGCGCCCUGGACCAAACACGGGUGGCAAAUUCUAUUUCCUUUAUGGCUUUGUGUGGAUCCAAGAUAUGAUGGAACGGGCAAUCAUCAACACGUUUGUGGGCCAUGAUGUUGUGGAGCCUGGAAACUAUGUGCAGAUGUUUCCCUAUCCAUGCUACACUAGAGACGAUUUCCUGUUUGUGAUUGAGCACAUGAUGCCUCUGUGUAUGGUCAUUUCCUGGGUCUACUCAGUGGCCAUGAUGAUCCAACACAUUGUUGCAGAAAAGGAGCAAAGACUAAAAGAGGUGAUGAAGAUGAUGGGAUUGAAUAACGCAGUGCACUGGGUGGCCUGGUUCAUCACCGGCUUCGUGCAGCUUUCGAUCUCAGUGACCGCCCUCACUGCCAUACUAAAAUAUGGCAAAGUUCUCCUCCACAGCGACCCUUUUAUCAUCUGGCUCUUCCUCACUAUCUACGCCAUCGCCACAAUUAUGUUUUGUUUCCUGGUGUCAGUAUUGUACUCUAAAGCAAAGCUGGCAUCUGCAUGUGGAGGAAUAAUCUACUUUUUGAGUUAUGUGCCAUACAUGUAUGUGGCCAUCAGAGAAGAAGUGGCUCACGACAAGAUCACUGCCUUUGAGAAAUGUAUAGCGUCUUUAAUGUCUACAACAGCGUUUGGUCUGGGAUCGAAGUACUUUGCCCUUUAUGAAGUGGCCGGGGUGGGAAUCCAGUGGCGUACUAUCAACCAAUCACCUGUCGAGGGCGAUGACUUCAACCUCCUGCUGUCCGUGGUAAUGCUUAUCGUUGAUACCAUUGUGUACGGUGUGUUGACCUGGUACAUAGAGGCUGUGCAUCCAGGGAUGUACGGGCUGCCCCGUCCAUGGUACUUUCCCUUGCAGAAAUCCUAUUGGUUGGGUAGUGGACGUAUUGAGACAUGGGAUUGGCCGUGGGGUGGCGGCGCCAGGCUGAGUGUCAUGGAGGAGGACCAGGCUUGUGCUAUGGAGCACAGACGCUCAGAAGAAACUCGUGGAAUUGAAGAAGAGCCAAGUCACUUACCACUGGUUGUGUGCAUAGACAAACUAACCAAAGUCUAUAAGACUGGUCGCAAACUAGCCCUAAACAAGCUAAGCCUAAACCUGCAUGAGAACCAGGUUGUCUCCUUCUUGGGACACAAUGGAGCCGGCAAGACCACCACUAUGUCAAUUCUCACUGGACUAUUUCCGCCCACCUCUGGCUCCGCAACCAUAUACGGUCAUGACAUUCGCACAGAGAUGGAGCGCAUCCGUCAGAAUUUGGGCAUGUGUCCCCAGCACAAUGUUUUGUUUGACAAGCUGAGCGUGGAGGAACACCUGUGGUUCUACUCGCGUCUGAAGGGCAUGGCUGAAGAAGACAUCCGCAAGGAGAUGGACAAGAUGAUAGAAGAUCUUGAGUUGUCCAACAAGCGUCACAGUCAGGUUCAGACUCUGUCCGGGGGAAUGAAGAGGAAGCUGUCUGUGGCAAUUGCUUUUGUUGGCGGAUCUCGGGCAGUGAUUUUGGACGAACCCACGGCGGGAGUCGACCCAUACGCACGUCGAGCAAUUUGGGAUCUUAUCCUUAAGUAUAAACAAGGUCGCACCAUUCUGCUCUCCACUCAUCACAUGGAUGAAGCUGAUCUGUUGGGAGACCGUAUUGCCAUCAUCUCACAUGGCAAGCUCAAGUGCUGUGGUUCCCCAUUGUUCCUCAAGAGCACAUAUGGAGAUGGCUACAAGCUCACUCUUGUCAAAAAGCAAAGUGACUCACACCCUGCAGAUCAGUCAAGCCAGUCUCCAUCCGCUUCCAUAUCUCCGUGUUCAGAGAGCAGAGUUACACAGUUCAUCCGUCAGUACGUGGCCUCCUGUCUGCUGGUGUCUGACUCCAACACUGAGCUCUCUUAUGUCCUGCCGUCAGAGGCUGUAAAGAAAGGCUGUUUCGAGAGGCUGUUUCAGGGUCUGGAGAAAAGUUUGGACAGUCUGGCUUUGACCAGCUUCGGUGUGAUGGACACCACAUUAGAAGAGGUCUUUCUGAAGGUAUCAGAGGAGGAUCUGUCACUGGAGAACAGCGAUGCAGAUUUGAAGAGCUCUCCUGGUGGAGCAUCAGCAGGGAAACCCUCUAAUCUGCUUGGAGGGCAGCCGUGUGAUGGGGCUCCAGCUGGGGCCGUGAUCCGACCAGAGGUGGAGCUCAGUAACCUGAUGAUAUGUUCCAGACUGAGCCCGAGUCAGGCGUCACUGCAGUCCGGCUCUUCUCUGGGCUCAAUAAGAGGGGAUGAAGGUGGACUCUAUGCUGACUUCUAUGGAGACUACUGCCCACUGUUUGACAAUAGCCAGGAUCCUGACUCAGCCAGUCUGAAAGAUGAAGAGCGCACCGCUGAGCCGGUCGUACUGGAGGGUCAGGGCAGCUUAAAGCUCGAGGGCUGGUGGCUCAAACUUCGGCAGUUUCACGGCCUGAUAGUAAAGAGGUUUCACUGCGCCAAGAGGAACACCAAGGGCAUUUUCUCUCAGAUCCUGUUGCCUGCCUUUUUCAUUUGUGUGGCCAUGACUGUAGCCCUGUCUGUGCCUGAGAUUGGUGACCUUCCCCCCCUUAUUCUGUCUCCAUCUCAAUAUCACAACUACACACAACCUCGUGGAAACUUCAUCCCUUAUGCCAAUGAAGACAGACUUCAGUACAGGAGUAAAAUUUCUCCAGAUGCCAGUCCACAGAGGAUAGUUAACACCCUACGCCUGCCCUCCGGAGUGGGCGCCACUUGCGUUCUGAAAACCCCCUUUAACAGCACUCUGGACCAACUGGCCCAAACAUUGAACCCAUACGCCAACAACUCCAAAACCCUGGCAGCCCGUUAUUUUGACUCCAUGUGCCUGGACUCAUUCACUCAGGGUGUGCCUUUAUCUAAUUUUGUGCCCCCUCCUCCCUCGCCUGCCCCUUCAGAUGACCCAGAUGCACAUUUUGAGGAUGGCCUUUGGAACUACACUGCUGCUCCGCCCACUACUGUCAGAGAGAUGGCAACCUCUCCCCCCACGCUGCCUUUGACUAUCCGGGAGCCAGUCCGCUGCAUCUGCUCAAUGCAGGGCACGGGCUUCUCCUGCCCCAGUGGAGUCGGAGGCCGACCCCCUCUUAUGAAAGUGGUAACUGGAGACAUCCUAGUGGACAUCACUGGACGCAAUGUGUCUGAAUAUCUUCUCUACACCUCUGAUCGUCUCAGACUGCAUAGAUAUGGAGGCUUCACCGUUGGAAACAUUCAGAAAUCUAUUCCAGCAUCUUUUGGCAGAAAAACCCCACCUAUGGUGCGCAAAAUAGCAGUAAGGCGAUCCUCACAGGUGUUGUACAAUAACAAAGGAUAUCACAGCAUGCCCACUUACCUGAAUGUCCUCAACAAUGCCAUUCUCAGAGCCAAUCUGCCCAGUAGUAAAGGAAACCCUGCUGCAUACGGCAUCACAGUGACCAAUCAUCCCAUGAACCGGACCAGUGCCAGUCUUUCUUUGGACUAUUUGCUCCAGGGCACUGAUGUGGUUAUUGCCAUCUUCAUCAUUGUAGCCAUGUCAUUUGUGCCAGCCAGCUUCGUGGUCUUUCUUGUAGCAGAAAAGUCUACAAAGGCCAAGCACCUGCAGUUUGUCAGUGGUUGUGACCCUGUCAUCUACUGGCUAGCAAACUACAUAUGGGAUAUGCUUAACUACCUGGUUCCAGCCACAUGCUGCGUCCUAAUUCUGUUUGUGUUCGACCUUCCUGCAUACACAUCACCUACAAAUUUCCCAGCAGUGCUCUCUCUGUUCCUGCUUUAUGGCUGGUCUAUAACCCCCAUCAUGUAUCCAGCUUCUUUCUGGUUUGAGGUGCCCAGCACAGCGUAUGUGUUUCUCAUAGUCAUCAAUCUCUUUAUUGGCAUCACAGCCACCGUGGCCACUUUCCUACUGCAGCUCUUUGAGCGUGACAAGGAUCUAAAGUUGGUAAACAGCUACCUGAAGUCCUGCUUUCUCAUCUUCCCUAACUAUAACCUGGGUCAUGGCUUGAUGGAGAUGGCGUAUAACGAGUACAUUAAUGAAUACUACGCCAAGAUAGGCCAGUUUGAUAAAGUGAAGUCUCCAUUUGAAUGGGACAUUGUGACACGAGGACUGGUAGCAAUGACCAUCGAGGGAUUCGUUGGCUUUUUUAUCACAAUUCUGUGCCAGUACAACUUCCUCAGAAAAGCCCAGAGAGUGCCUGUCAACAGCCAGCCGGUCGAGGAUGAUGAUGUCGAUGUGGCCUGCGAGAGACGCAGAGUGCUGAGAGGAGAUGCUGACAAUGACAUGCUGAAGAUUGACAACCUCACAAAGGUGUACAAGUCUCGCAAGAUGGGCCGGAUCCUGGCAGUGGACCGCCUGUGUCUAGGGGUUCGUCCUGGGGAAUGCUUCGGGCUGCUGGGGGUCAAUGGAGCAGGGAAGACCACAACCUUUAAAAUGCUAACAGGAGAUGAGAGCACGACAGGUGGAGAGGCCUUCAUUCAAGGAAACAGUAUCCUGCGAGAGCUUUUGCGUGUACAGCAGAGCAUCGGUUACUGUCCUCAGUUUGACGCUCUGUUUGAUGAUCUGACUGCUCGAGAACAUCUGGAGCUGUACACUCGCCUCCGUGGCAUCCCCUGGAAGGAUGAGGAACGGGUGGUUCAGUGGGCUCUGGAGAAACUGGAGUUGUCCAAGUAUGCCGACAAACCUGCUGGCACCUACAGUGGAGGCAACAAACGCAAACUCUCCACAGCUAUUGCUCUGAUUGGAUAUCCUUCGCUCAUUUUUCUGGAUGAGCCCACCACAGGAAUGGAUCCAAAGGCCCGCCGCUUCUUGUGGAACUUAAUUCUCGACAUCAUUAAGACAGGACGCUCGGUGGUGUUGACGUCACACAGUAUGGAGGAAUGUGAAGCUUUGUGCACCAGACUGGGCAUCAUGGUUAACGGCAGGUUCAAGUGUCUGGGGAGCAUCCAGCAUCUCAAAAACAGGUUUGGGGAUGGAUACAUGAUCACGGUUCGCACCAAGACCACUGCUAGUGUCAAGGAAGUGAUUCGUUUUUUCAACAGGAAUUUCCCAGAGGCUAUACUAAAGGAGCGGCACCACACAAAGAUUCAGUACCAGCUAAAGUCUGAGAACAUCUCUCUGGCUCAGGUCUUCAGCAAAAUGGAGCAGGUGGUGGAGGUGUUGAGCAUCGAGGAUUAUUCUGUCAGCCAGACAACACUGGAUAAUGUUUUUGUCAACUUUGCAAAAAAGCAAAGUGAUAACUUGGAACAGCAAGAAAGCUCUCCCUCUAGUGGUGGCCAGUCUCCACUGAAGCGACUGCUCAGCAUCCUCCGUCCUCGUCCAGCUAACACAGAACUCAAUGCACUGGUCAGUGAAGAACCAGAGGAACUGGAGAGUGAUGAUGAUGAAGGACUGAUUAGCUUUGAGGAAGAGAGGGUGCAGUUAUCCUUUAACACAGACACACUGUGCUAAAACAGCUGUCAAUCUCACAGACAAGCCUCAAGUUCAGACACGUGUCUGUAAAGUGAAAGACAUUUGUGCGCUUUUUCUCCUUGGAGAGGAUCCAUCUCGCUGGCCACGCGAGCGGGUCGUUCUUAUUUCCAUUUGCACUUCAGCAGCAGAGCGAGAGAACGGCUCCUCUGGGAGCUCUAAACAGAGAUACAGUCAGUGCCUGAACAUGAUCAGACCAGAGAGAGUGAGCAGGACUCCGCCACAAGCUGCGUUACGGAGAUGACGGUUAAUGGAAAUGUGUCCUUUUCGAUUCAAGCCUGCUGGAAAAGAAUGUAUUUCUAAAAAAUACAAACUGGCCUCGUGGUCAUCAUGUGGUGUUUAUUUUGGUAUCGCUUUCAAUUUGAAAAUGGUUGAAUGAUCUAUAAACCGAUCACACAUUGAAGUUUGAAAUAAAAGUAGUGUUCUCCCUUCACAGGAUACUGUAUGACCCCUCUGUGUUCAUCCUCCUUUGCCGUUAUUUUAAUUCCAGUUCAUUUGAAACCAGUGUAACUAUACAUAGAUUUUCUUUUCUUGGACCGAACUUGUUUAUUCUAUAGAGAGCAUGCUCUAAAGACAAGCCUGUCGUGUUGUGGGUUGAAGAAAAUUUCUUAUGCUUAAAUGUUUGCAACGGAUCUGUUGUACUUUUGAAUUGUUGAAGAAUGCAAAUGUAUCCGUGCACCUUCGUUGAAGUUCUUACAUCAGUGACUCAACCAGCCCUGAUAAAGAGAAGCUGGAUGUUUAUGGUAUCGUCCUAUAAUUGAAUGUACGCGGCAUAAAGGUGUUUUGUGCUGAUAUAUAGGGGGUUUCUUGUUUAUUUUAAUGAAUGAAUUUCGAGAUGUAUCAUUUAAAUUCAGUGUCUGUCUUGGUAAAAGUUUUAUUUGUGUUAUUGCUAAUGGUUAAAAACUGCAUAUUACCAGAUGUCAUUUAAAACACUCCUCACACCAGAUGUCAGUAGACGUGUCCAUAAUAAGCUAUCACUGUGAAGCCAAAGGUGAACUUUAAGUCACUGUUAUUGCAUAUAAACAGAAAUCAGGUCAUUGCUCUUUAUUGUUUUAUACGUGAGAUCCAAUAUGUUUUCACUGUAUCGUUAUUUAUUUUGUACCUUAAACCAUUACAUUGUUAAGUUGAAAUUAUUCUUCUGCUAAAUCCUGGACUCAUUCGCUAAGUCCUUUUGCUCUGUGACUGUAGUCUCUGAUUCUUGCACAGUGGUCAGCACUUAGUACUAUAAAUGGUGUCUAAUUUUUCUGACAUUGCUGCAUAUGUAUUACUAUUUUGGAGCUCCUUAGAUAGAGAUUUAAGAGUAGACCAUGCACAGAUUGGAUUGCCCUUAGUGCAGUUUUGACAUAUGUGAUAACCAAAGGGAAACAAAACACGUAACCUACUGUAAUUAUGACCAGCUAUUUGGAAACUGACCUAAUAAACCUUAAACAAGUAUUUAGUUAAUGAUCAAAAGUCAGAAAACCUCAACAGCCUAACUAAAGAUGAGAACAAGCUGCUUUUUGAAAUUGACGUGCAGUGAUUUAAGACACCAGCAGAUGUGUGUGAUUCUGUAUUGUUCAAAAUAGCAUUCAAUUAAUCUUGUUUGUGGACGAUGGGGUAUUUAGUUUUAUCUUUCUUUGGAAUGUAACUUCAGUACAUGUGAAUACGAUUAAAUAUUUAUGAACGUUUUUCAUCCAGUAAAACCUUUGUUCUGGUGGACUUCCUUGUAACAAGAUUGACUAAACCUUUAAUGCUUGUUUUCAAUUACUUUUAUUGUUUCCAUUCUCUUGUGCUAACUGGGGUGAAGUGAUGUUUUUAAUAUAACCAGGAAGAAAAGAGAAUAAUUCAAUAAAUUGUCAAAUUGA